AUGAGAGUGUCAUCAUUUGACUUAAAAUUGGGGUUCAUAUUUCAUUGUUUUGUAGUUGCUGUCUAUAUUUAGAUAAGCAUAUUCUCACGGUUUUAAAUUAAUUUACACAUUCUUUUAUUUAGUAUUAUAUACCUUUGUAAAUUUACUUUAAUCAUAUAAGUGAAUAUGGGUCGGAAACCACAGUCAAAGCCAAAUGAAAAAGAAAACAAAUUUAAUCAACUUAAACGAAAAGAACUUUUAAAUAUUGUUCAGAAGCUGUUAAAUUUAACAACGGUAUUCUAUGGAACGGGUAAUGUGACGAAAGUUUGGGAUCAUCAUAAAGAAAUUGAACCCCUUAUCAAGGAAAUUACUAAUUUAGAAAUUUCCCCAAAAAAGCCGCAAAUAGUGUCACGACAAGCCAAUGUAGAAAAGUAUGUUAAUUGGUUGAAAGAUAAUGGAGCAGAAUUUGAUGGCAUUGAAAUAGCUGAAUUUGUUGGCUAUGAUCUCGGCUUAAAAGCUUUGAAAGAGUUUCCAGAGGAUUCCCUCAUCCUGACAAUACCACAAAAAGUUAUGAUGACAGAGAAGGAUGCACAUAAAUCAGAGUUGUCAGAAUUCAUAAAGCGAGAUCCAUUGAUGCAAAAUAUGCCCAAUGUGACAUUGGCACUCUUUUUGUUACUUGAAAAAAGUAAACCAGAUUCAUUUUGGAAACCAUACAUUGAAACCCUGCCAGAGAAAUAUUCUACUAUUCUGUAUUUUGAUUUGGAUGAAUUUGCUGAUCUAAAGCCAUCCCCAACAUUUGAGUCAUCACUGAAACUGUAUACAAAUAUAGCGAGACAGUAUGCCUACUUUUGGCAUAAAAUCAACAAACCAGAUGUACCUGUUUUGAAAAGUUUACAGGAGAUCUUUACUUUUGAGAAUUACAGAUGGGCCGUAUCAACAGUGAUGACGCGGCAGAAUCACAUACAGCUCGCCGACCAAAGCACUACUGCCUUUAUACCUCUGUGGGACAUGUGCAAUCAUGAACAAGGAAAGAUUACGACAGAUUUCAACAAAGAUCUGAACCGAGGCGAGUGCUACGCGCUGCGCAAUUUCAGAGCCGGAGAUCAAAUCUUCAUUUUCUACGGCGCGAGAUCGAAUGCCGAUCUGUUUCUCCAUAAUGGUUUCGUUUACCCAAACAACGAAUACGACUCUCUGUCUCUCUCGUUGGGAGUGAGCAGUAGUGAUCCUUUACGAGAGGCUAAAUUGACACUAUUGAAAAAACUGGGUCUUGCUAACGUGACGCAUUACAACUUAUAUAACUUAUAUAAGGAAAACCCCAUCAGUCCCGAACUGCUCGCAUUUAUACGGAUAUUUAAUAUGAAUAAAGAGGAACUAGAUAAAUGGUUGCAAAACGGUCUCCCCGGUGACUUGGUCUCUUCAGAAGAGUCUAGUGCUGAAGCGGUGGGCGCAGACAUUGACUUGCGUUCAUACAAAUAUCUGUUGACUCGAUGUGGAUUGUUAUUGGCGGCUUAUAAGAAAAUGGAGAUCAAGGAUGAAGCUGAUAACUUGAAUAGGAAAAAUAUAAAGGUCUUGAAGGAAUGUGAAGUACAAAUAUUACAGGGUGCCAUCAAGUACUUGAAUUCUGUUUUAGAAUCACUUCAACCUAAGAAAGAAUGUAGUUAAAUAAGUAAAUCGAUUGUAAAUAUAAUUCAAAUCUCAUCUUGAUUUUUAUUGUAACGAAUUUAAUGUUUUUUAACAAAUCACAGCAGUAUUCUUUUACAAUUUUUUUUGUUACCUUUUAUGUGUUAUACUGGCAUUUUGUUACUUUUUGUGUGACUGCUUUAUGAAUUUUUUUAAUAUACAUGUUGUUUUAA